CUGUGUGUGUGUGUGUGGGGUUUUUCUUUUACAUUCACUGUAGAAGAUUCUCUCUGUGUGGUGCACAGCACACAGCCUCAUUAUACUAGAGUGGUUCAUUUCUUGGGCUGUAAUGGCUAACUUAGGACAAAACUGGCUAACUAUGAGAUUUAUAUUUAGGAUUUUGAUCGUCUUUCUGUUGGCUUCAACAUACGUUUCUGCUCAAAGACGCAUUAAACAUGAAGCCUUAGUAUCCAAUGCAUCAUCAUCAAUACACACUCAAUCUAACAACCUUCUCGCUGCUAUGAAUUUCUUAUGGCAACCCAACCAAUCUGGCUAUCAACAUGUUUGGCCGGAAAUGGAGUUUGGUUGGAGAAUUGUGGUUGGUAGUGCAAUUGGAAUCUUUGGGGCUGCCUUUGGAAGCGUAGGUGGUGUUGGUGGGGGUGGCAUUUUUGUUCCCAUGCUCAGUCUGAUUAUUGGGUUUGAUCCAAAAUCAGCCACAGCCAUAUCAAAAUGUAUGAUAAUGGGUGCAGCAGUUUCAACUGUGUACUAUAACCUUAAGCUACGGCAUCCAACUCUUGAUAUGCCCAUCAUUGACUAUGAUUUGGUGCUGAUUAUUCAACCGGUGCUCAUGCUUGGCAUUAGCAUUGGAGUUUCUCUUAACGUGAUUUUUGCCGAUUGGAUGGUCACGGUUCUGCUAAUUAUUCUAUGUAUAGUCACUUCAAUAAAGGCAUUCUUCAAGGGUCUUGAUACAUGGAAAACUGAAACCAGAUUAACAGAGGUAACGUGUAUUGAAAGAGAUGAAGUCGUUUAUUUCUCUCUCACCGAAUUUCUGUUCUUGAGAGCUUUAUGUGCUGACAAUACGAAUAUGGACGCGACUAAGCGUUUGGAAGCGAGUGCUGGUACCAGUGCUGAUGAAGGCGCGGAUUACAAGCCACUUCUUGGUGGCUCAAGCACCGAUCCUCAGAAGUUCACCAAGAACCCAGAGGUUACUGUUCUUGAAAACAUUCGCUGGAAAGAACUUGGACUUCUCACUUUUGUUUGGGUUGCAUACCUAGCACUGCAGAUUGCCAAGAACUACACAGCUACAUGUUCCUCAGGAUACUGGGUAUUGAACUUGUUGCAAAUCCCAGCUUCUGUUGGAGUGUUUCUGUAUGAGGCAAUUGGGUUGUAUAAGGGACGGAGAGUUAUUGCAUCAAAGGGUGAUGAUGGCAAAAACUGGGGAGUUUAUCAACUGGGUCAGUGGUGUGCCUGUGGGAUGGUAGCCGGAUUAGUCGGUGGUUUACUUGGAAUAGGCGGAGGAUUCAUCAUGGGUCCCCUGUUUUUGGAGCUGGGAAUACCUCCUCAGGUUGCAAGUGCCACAGCCACCUUUGGAAUGACCUUCUCAUCAUCAAUGUCUGUCGUAGAAUUCUACCUUCUGAAUCGUUUUCCAGUCCCGUAUGCUCUAUACUUCAUUGUGGUGGCUCUUAUUGCUGCUUUUAUAGGGCAAUACAUCAUUACCAAGUUGAUCACUAUAACAGGAAGGGCGUCUCUGAUAAUCUUUGUUCUUGCCUUCACAAUCUUUGUCAGUGCAUUAUCACUGGGUGGGGUUGGAUUAUCAGACAUGAUUGGGAAAAUUGAGCAUGGUGAAUAUAUGGGAUUUGAGAAUCUCUGCAAAUACAAUGCCUAAUUUGUAGUCCUCUUAUUUGGACCUUCUCCAUGGAGCAUGGUUUAUUUUAGAUUGAUCAUACCGCGACAGGAUUUGAUUAUUUAUAAAUUAUAAGCUUUUUAUUAAUUAA